AGCUGGCAGAGGCGGCGGAUCAAGGCAGUGGGCGGCGGCGGAGCGGUGGGCGGAGUCUGCACUCGGCCCUCACGGCCAGGGCGACCCACUUGGAAUCGGAGAACACUACCCUGCUUUUUUGGUUUCUCAUCAGAUGCGUUGAAACACAAGCAGUACCUAGGUCGGCGUCAGAAAACUGUUACGCAAGCGACUUUCUGCAGCGCAAAAACGUGCACGGAUGGUGCACCCAGCAAAGUUGAGAGCGACUCUAUUCAGGAACCAAUUGGUUAAAUGGAAACAAUUACAGUGGGAUGGCUAUCACUGAUGAUGUCAGGUCAAGGAAACCUUCGUUUGUAAUUUAUAAUGAGGACCUGGUCUGCCUGCAUUUCUUCUUCUUCUUUUUUGUGUGAAAUGCUUUAAUAUUUUUGCCCACCCGACCAAUGAAGAAAUGGAAAUUUGUUCAUUGAAAGCUGAUCUGCCGCGGCCGAGAGCGGCCGGUGCUCGGGGUCUCCAGAUCGCCGUGACCCGUCACCAUGCCUCUGAGACGCCUCCUGCUGGUCCUGGCGGCACACAUCGCCACCGGAUGUUUGAACAACCAGCUCUACUUCGGCCGUCUAACGUCCUCGCUCGAGCUGGAGAGCUUCUCACUGCGCGACGGCUCCACGGCCUGCAACUGCUGCGGCCUCUGCAGCCAGAACGCCGCCUGCCUGAGCUUCACGCUCGACAAAAACAGUCGCCAGUGCACGCUGUACUCGGCCGUCGGCGGCCCGGCCGAGUUCAACCGCGACUCCCGGUGGAACCACCACAACCAGUUCUUCUUCAAGCCCAACAGCUCUCGGACCGGGGAGUUCUGUCGCUCUGACAGGGACUGCGUGACUACGGGCGACGCGUGUCGCGGCCGCAUCUGCACCGCCGACCCGACGGUCACCUGCCGAGACCUGCACCAGAUCAACAGCGAACUGCCCGACCACCGCUACUGGGCCUACAUCGCCGAUAAAGAGAUGCUCGUGAAGUGCAGCAUGAGACGCGGCGGCUACACCCUGCUGCUGAAUGCCUCUCCUUCCGCCAGAUGGACAGUCCAAUCGCGGCUCAACCUCACCUCUUACGAAGAGGAUGGCACGCCAGACACGGACGGCCUCUACUCGAUACUGUGGGCUGCUGAUCAUAUCCGCGACUCCUCACCAGAUGCCACCUACUCGGUAUUUGUCGGCGGAACGCGUGUCGACGAUAAUGGAUCCGACAACUGGCGGGACUGGACCUUCAACUACCGGGGCAUCUUCUUCACUCCCACGAAGGACGUCAGCCUGCUGGGCGGCGUGCCGCUGUCGCUGCCCUACACCGUCGAGGAUUCGGAGAGCUUCCAGUACAGCGACGGCAUCGGUCAGGUGUCGUUUCCGUACCUUCAGGACAACGGCUCGCCGAUCCUGAUGCACGCUAACACGGACGCCGCGUCGCCGUUCGGCGGGCUGAUCCGCACCGGCGGACCCAUCCGCUGGUCGCCGCCGGCCGAUUAUCCAGACGAUGUCUACAUCUACAUCCGCGAGUGAACAGUCGAAGUACGGAGAGAUAGUCAGGCCGCCUCCCACGGGCAAUAUUUAUUUACAGCGAUCUCUAGACACUUGUUAAGCGACCGCGUGCACAAUGAAGGUAUGUGAGCCAGACGAACAUUUUCUAACUUGAGGGACAAGAGUGUUCAGUCUCACAUGUCCCCGUCCCCAUAGCGCGGCCGGGGGGGGGGGAUUAGCCUUUCAGCUAAGGGCGCAACUGCACCGCAUUAUGUUGAGAGGCAUCUGGUGCCGUCACUUGUCGGACAGUUGGGGACUUGGUGCUGCCAUCUCUGUACGCUUAUCUCUUUACGUGCUGCCAUCUGCCCAUCUUUUGCUUUCUCCAAAGCUGCCAAAUCCAGCAGUCUCGCACAUUAAUACACGCUUUACCAACCUU